AUGUUCACGUGCAUUGCUAUUCAAUGGGUUGUUGCUAGCCUUGUUUCAUUACCAUUUGCUUUGUCUAUCUUACCGUAUUGUACUGCUCCACAAUGGUUGCUUGGAUACACCGUAAUUAUUUCGAUCGUUGUUCCAGCAUUGAUCACUCUUGGUGCAAAUUUGUUCAUAUUCAAAUAUAUUCGCGCCUCGUCUCAUCGAAUCUAUCCACAAGCGACUACAUGUGCCGGCGAUGUAAUAGUUCGUCAGCGACGAACGAUUCCUCGCCGUGAUUUAUAUCUAUUGCAACAUAUGACCUUUAUGUUUUCAAUGUUUGUUAUCGGAUGGGCUCCAAUUUUUUGUCUUGUAGCUAUCGAUUAUCAUUCUAGUGUUAGUCCACUUGUGUACACACUGUUGCAAGUUUUCGCUGUUUUCAGUUUAUUUGUGUGUAUGUGUGAUUUAUUUCUAUGCAAUCAAGAUUUCAGACGUUAUUUAAGAGCCAAAAUCUUGGUAUGCUUUUAG